AUGCCUCGUUUACGAAAACAUCGACGUCGUAGUCAGGAGGGCCAGCGGGCCAGCUCCUCUCCUAAAGGCACGGUUGCCUCCCAAAAGAGCACUGUGACCUCUUCAACUGCUGCUACUCACCGUCGUAAACCAGCCCGGGGCGUCGUGGACAGCUUUACAGCUGACGACUUGGACGGAGGGACUGUCCUACAGGCCUCGCUCCAGGUUGUCUUGGACCUGGGCCUGGCCGGCGAACUCCCGGCUAGAGCACGGGAACGUCGGUUACGUUUUUCGACCGGUCUGCCUCUCUUUAAGGUCUUCCUUGUACUCGAAUCGAGGGCUAUGCUACGGUGUGGUGUUGGUGGUCGUGGAACGUCAUUCACCUUGAGGGUGGUAUCACCGCAAGAUCAGCACUAUGGUAUUCCUUUGGAUACUGCCACACUCGAGAGUGCUAGCAUAUGGGGUGGCUCUUUGCGGGUCGUGGUGGACUGGGGAGACUCCAAGCAUGGUUGGCUCGUACAUGGUCGAGUGGUGAAAAUCCAACGAGCAGUUAGAGAGUGGUUUGAGCGGUCUCGAGCUCAUGCGGCGGCCACUAGGCUGCAGACAUUUUUGAGAUGUCGCCUCCUGUCGGAUCUGCUACGUCGCGUUAAUGGAGCUAAUCGGCAUCUGUCCAGCAUCCGGAUGACUGGGCCCAUGGUAGCAGCGUUGAUUCCCAAGAGAGCCCCAUCCUAUAUCCUGCCCAUGAUACAGUUGUGCUUAACUGUGGUGUCGACUGUUCCCCCUGAUGCCCCUGGGAUGGCUACUGCCUCCAUCCACUCACUCCUUGGACACUUCUCGGACUGGCUGCUUGGUGCCUUACGAGCCUAUCUCUACUACGAUGUCGUGGCGCGAUACAGGGAAGCUGUCGCUGGAGUUGUUGCUGCUGUUAUGUCCGAUGGUGGCAGACCCUUCAAGGCCCUCACGGAACUACAGCGGAUCAGACGAGAAUUCUUCCUCCGUCCUCUGAAGGACUUGCUGGGCUCCCAGGUCAACUUGAGAGAGCUCAAGUCCCGAGUGGACCAACUAGUCGGCUCAACUGCUGAUGAGCUCCUCUUUGAUCCUUCGGUUGGGCCUGAGAGGUCCCUCGUAUUGGGACCAUCUGAUGAGAGCGAGCAUGGGAGAAAGCAGGCUCUGACGACCAGAGGGAUCCAAGCCGUUCAUCGGUUCGCAGGCAUCAUACUGUCGGAGGCUCUCUCCACUAUAGAGCUGGCGUUAUGGCGCCUACGUGUCUCACCCUCCCAACAGUCCUCUGCGACCUGCAAUGCCGUAUUAGCUAGAUUUCUACCGCUGGUCAGUGGUCUGAGAUGCUACUUGCUACCUUACCUGGAACAGCAGUUGCGGUCGUCGUCUUGUGGUGCAUUCCUACGUUUCCUCGCACCCUUGAACGCCUCCUCCCCUCCCCUGCUCAUCCCUCUGGCCCGAGACGAACUACGCAUCCUCAGUGCCCAACUGCACGCCACUGCCUCGGAGUUCUUCGGCUUCACAUACUGUGAGCUCGCGCUGCAAGCAGGGGCAGGGCAACCUCGGAAAAUCCUACCAGUCAGCGGCCGACUCUUCGACCUACUACCUCACCGUAAGAGCCACUCUACUACUGGUGGCUCGUCAUGGCUCUCUGCUGUCCAGCAUCCUCUCUACUACAGCUUCACUGUCGUCCCAGUGCCCUUGGAAACUCUGCCUCCUGCUAAGCGACUGCACUACGACCUACUACUAUCGGUCACGUCUCAAUGCCCUUGGGGGGAGCAUAGGGAACCCUUUACCAUGGACGCUCGCAAAUGGAUGAUGAACAUUCCCGGCUUGGGCUCGAAAGGGGUCACUCGGAUAGCCUUGCCGAUGGAUAUCAUGGACGAUAACUUCACAGAGAUUGAUAAGGAUAUCGGCGAUGUUCACGAUGGGGCUGUUGAUGAGGAGCUCUUGCCUCAUCCUCAUGCUGGUGGUCACCAAUCUACUAAGCCUUCCCUGUUCUUCCACAUGCUCCGACCAGGAAAUGGAGGCGUGCUUACGGUGAGGCUCACCAAGAUGCAGUUCUUUCACUACGUCCAGACCACGUGUUCAAACCGUCGGAUGCCAGCGGUCAGGCGAUGGGCGUUCCUUGCCCUCAUGCUCUUGGGGGGCGGUGGUGGUGGUUCAGGGACGACCCUCACCAUUGCUGUCCUGAGUCGACUACACGUUGUGAGGCCAUUCUUUGCCCUCGAGGACAGCAGUGGAGAUCGUAUCAUACCAGAAGGGCAGCCUCGAACGCCUGUUGUUUGCCCUUGUGUCCGAGUGGCCGGCUUAUCCAAGGGAGUAUGCCUAUUUGAUAGCCACAGAGCCUCUCAGCCUCACAGAGUCCUUCGGCAACCCACUCUGGAGGAGCUAGGCUCCUUAUGGUCUCAGUCUGAGGCCUCGAUGGAGAUAGCCCUACCCACGGAAGAUGUGUCGAUGAGACUCUCCGAUUUGAGGAAUCUAGAGAGGACUGUAGGAGAGGCCAACAGCCUUCCAACCCUCACCACGAUUCCGGAACAGAUUCGUUUCGAUCUGCCACGCGCCGAGCCCAGCAUGAGCAUCGCCGUAUUGUCUGCGGUGGGCAGCAAGCUAUUGGACACAUGGUCGAGAGUGAAGAAUGCAUGGGAUGAGGUGGACGAUGAUGAUGAGGGCCUAGAGGUGGGCAGUGACUACGAAGGGUCUACCAAUGAUGAGGAUGAGCGUGACGAGGAGCUACUGGCCCCUGAUCCGAAGUGGGGGAUAGAGCUAGCUGAUGGGCCCCUCACCAACAAGAAAGAAUCUGAAUUCAUGUGGGACUUCAUAUCACCACUAACGUCGCAGCUCCCACCAGGCUACGAGCCGGAGCCUGAGGAGGAAGUCGCAGAUCACCAGCGUUUGCUGCCCAAACCGGACAGGGCCAGUGCACGAGAAGGGGUGUAUACUUAUGGUCCGAUGACGCCUCCCAAUAGUGUAACGUAUGUCCCUAUGUUCGAGUAUAAGAACGGCAACAUACUCAUAGACCAUUACCAGAAGUUCACCGUCGCCCAUCCUCCGUCUGUUUGGCAUUGGGCGCCUCUGCCGACGCCAACCGUCCCCCAGUCGCCAAUUGUCAGCCUGCCGGCGACUGCAGCGGCUAGUGCUCUCCUCCAGGGUGGAUUCGCCCUGGCAACGUCUCUCUAUGACCUGCAGCAUAAACGCUGCUCUAAGAAGGAUGUGUACCGAUGUGUGGUAGAGGCCGCUAGUAGAGGCUCAGCGGUCGGGGCUUGCUGUUGGACUCUCGCCAACGUUGCUGGGGUCACUAAUGUGGCCAUACUUUCUGGCACAGUUUCCCUCCUGUGGCUGGCCCUCAGGGCCCUCACUGUCCACUCUCGAGAACAGCUCUUGUCGGAUGCCUGUGUUACUCUCAGUGGGACGGCAGCUGCGGUUGCGGGUUUCCUCUUCUCAACGACACUUGUCCCUUCCUCUGCCCUGCUGGCUGUCGUUGCCUCUGUAUUCAGCAGUGGCAUCGGCAGCAGCCUAGGAGCAGAGCUCUAUACGAGGAUUCGGAGAUGGCGACAGGCUGGGAGUAAACAGCGCCUUGUACGUCUAGCCCGGAUGAUGCUGGGGCUACCGCGCGAUGGCUCGGCCGACGAGAAGGUUGGUUCGCGAUGGCGUUUCGUCGCCGGUAUGGUCCAUCCAGACAGACGCGGUGGUGACGGGAUAUCCAACGAGGACAAGAAGUUAUUUGAGCUCUUUAUGCUCUGCAGAGAGAUUGUCAAGCUAUCCCUUGGAGAGCGACAGGCAAGCAAGGGUAAGAAAGCUGACGCUGAUCAGGCGGGCGAGGGGCCGCUCUAUCUUGAGGAUGGGACUAGAUUGGAUAACUCAGCAGCGGUCGAGGAGCCUUUGACGUCCAUCGAGACAAUGGUUGGUGCCGUGCAGCGAUUUGCAUAUAUGGCGAUUGUGGAGCCCCAGCUGCAGCAUCAGCGGAGAAUUGAGUCGGAUCUGCGUAGGGCUGUACAUGAGACGGUGCCCCGUGGAGUUGAUGGAGAGGAAGUUCUUGAUUGAUUUAAGACGUAUUGGAUUAUUAAUGUUUGUGUGAUCUUAA